AUGGCUGCUCACAAGCCAGCUUUUAAAGCAUUUGACAUACAAUCAUUGAUUAACAAAAUAAACAAGUGUAUAGUAGCUCCCCUGCCAACUAUGUAUACUGCUGCUUUUCGAGGGCUUGUCAAAAGUAUGCUGAGGAAAAAUCCAGAGCUGAGGCCAACUGGCCCUAUUAAAACGUUGCUAUUCAAGUUCAUACGUGCCGCAAUGAGCUAUUUCUUGUUGUUUGAGUCACUUGAGACUGGCCCCAGGAGAAGUACUUUUCCUUUCCAAUGGCCUGAGCCAAAUUAUGUAAGGAGAACUCGGUCCAUAGACCCAGAAUCUGUUUCUACUCUUUCUGACCAAGAUAAAUGCUUGUCAUUUAGCAAGGACAGGGCAUUGAAUCCAAGUAUUUCUGGAACUGAACAAGUUUCUCAGUGUUCUACUCAAAGAGCACAUAGAUUAUCUACCCCAGAAGAGAAGAUCUAUGAACUAUCUAUCAGUCGUGUACGUAACAAAUACAAUACUGACACAUCAAAAGCCACAAAGUUCUCAACAGUUGAGAGAACACCAAGGUUAAGGGCAGUUACAGUUUCUUCCACUGCCAAAAGGCAAACAAUGACACCAUCAAAGACAACCGAUACUGGUCCAAACCAAGAUUCACUUCCAGUAUCUAAUAAACCAUCUAGAAGGUUUUCCUCACCACCAAGAGGCAGGGCGACAGCAAACUUGUACACAAAUUUUUGUGUCCUUGGAAGUUUGGACUCUCCUAAUGUCUCUGUUAAUGAACCACGAAUCGACAAGAUGGCUGAAUUUCCAAUGGAUACCCGUGAGGAUCCUUUUUUCUCUACCCGUGGGCCAUCAUCAACAUCAGCUCGCUGCUCUUCAAGCUCAACAGGGAUUACUGCUUAUUGCUCCAUCACAAUGGACAAGUGUACAAUCCAGGAAGAUAAAGUUAGUAUCCCCACCAGUAUCAGUGAUGCAUGCCCUGGUCCAAAGGGAACUGAAUGCCAUUCUGAGCAUGUAAAAGCUUGUGUUUCCAGUCGUUCCUCUGCUGAUGUGGAUCAGCGCCGGUUUGACACGUCAUCAUACCAACAACGCGCAGAGGCAUUGGAGGGUCUGCUGGAGUUCAGCGCCAGACUCCUACAACAACAAAGGUUUGAUGAGCUUGGUGUGUUGCUGAAGCCGUUCGGGCCUGAGAAGGUUUCUCCUAGGGAAACAGCUAUUUGGUUGACCAAGAGCUUUAAGGAAACUGUGGUCUAA